AUGAAGUUGGCUCAAGCCGGUCCCGUUGAGAUAUUUAAAAUGCCAGCGGUACCCACAGAAGAACGGAAAGCCUCAUCUCCGAGCUUUCGUAUCCCUCUUAAGUCCAAGUCCCGUAAUAACUCCCACACACGCGGACAGUCAUUGGGUGUGCCACAACACAAAGUUAGGGAGGAACAUGCGAGCAAAGAGUCUCGGCAUCUCAAUAGGUUCUCAAUUUUGUUGGAAUCCUUAAGACGUCGCUCGAAGUCUGCUGAUGUGCGAAAUGAUUGUGACACAUACUCCUCCGGGAAUCGUACCGAACCAUCCUUUUUGCAGCCUGUUCUUGUUCCCUCAAUGACAUCAGGAAAGCAGGAAGUCCAAAUAUCGACCAUCAAGCUUACCACAUGUUGUUACGACCAAUAUAGACAGCACUUUAACGCUCGUCGUGGUUCUACCACUGUCUCCGCCUGUCGACCGUACUCCAAGAAGUCUGAGUACUGUAGCCGUCCACUGUCGGCUGUUGGUGGCUACAACAAUGGCAAUUUGACCACACUCUCGCCUCUUGCAUCCUGUCGGGCUAGGAUAACUACCAAUCGAAGACCUUCCUCAUUCCAUCCUACAUCCUGCGUGAGCGACCAUCAUAAUCCUUAUCUAUAUCAAAACGUGACCUUGCUUUCUAGUGCUUGUACUAACCGAAACGAUGAAAGGCGGCGAUGGAGCCAGGUGAAUCCUGAACAGGAGCGUACGAGCUCUGUCAUGUCCACCUCACUGUACGAUUGUCCACCAUCCUUGGCUCCCUAUCCAUGUCCUGCCGUCCAACUUAUUUCGCAAGCAGAAUGUAUCAAUCCUGCACCUCCAACAGGUUGUUUUUCAUCGAGGCAGUUGCCCAUGUAUAAGCGGAAGACGCGCACUCUAUCUCCGGAUGCACUUCCACAGAUUGUUGGUGGUUUGGAAAACACCACUUCAGUUAUGACCAAGAUCGACGACAAUUUCAACCCAAUGCUUAACCCUUCGUCCCAGGCAGUCUGCUCCCAACUUACAUAUACGUGUAACUCAACCGACUACAGACAUUCCGCUUCAUCUCAUAUGGCUUGCGUCACAACCUUCAGCGAGUUGGACAGCUCAUUGGAAAUUCGCUUGCUGAAGCGACUUCAACCGAGCUCCACUUCUAGUGAUAUUUGUCAAGUCACCGCCUGCCACUUCACGCCCAAAUUGUGUUCCGCUGUUGUCCAGCCCCACCGAGAAGCCCAGAAAAACAGCUUUUCCACAGUCUCUGCCCGUCGUCCUGCAUCCACCCUCAUCCUUUCAGACACUGAGUUCGAAUUUACGGGUAAAACGCAUCCAUUUAUGAACGGUUUACGUUUGGAGGGCGCCAAGGCUGGUGACUUGCGAAGAAAUUGUGUGUCUCAACCAAUGAAUUGCGAAGCUACUCUCAUAAGGCAGUUAAGCGAGCCUGUGGAUCACGUGUCGCUAGAGCGCCAACGAACGGGAGCAAGUAACGGCGUGCCAAUGCCUAAGGCGUAUCCGACAUCCGGCUCACGUACCACUAAUGACUGUUCGCCUUUAAACAGUCAUAAUCAAGUUUCACACAAAACCAACAGGUACACACGACAAGGCAAUCGGACAGAAUG